AUGGUUGGGGAUCAGCCUGUAUGUCCACCUCAGCUCCUACUGCAGGGCUGGGGAGCCGUGCUGCUGUCUCAGUGCUUGUCCUCCGUGUCCUCCCAGGUCCCGGAUCCAGAGCUUUUGCCCACAGAUCCCCCAAAGAAGCCGGACCCCAUCACCUCAGAGUCUGUUGUAUUCUGGGGUCUGCGGUUAUGGCAGGUCAUCGCCAUCUUUUCCGUGUUUGUUUUAGCAGUUGUUAUCACCCUAUGUUGUAUAUUCAAAUGUCGCAUCCCGAGAACCAAAAAGGAAAUAGAGGCACGGCACGCGCAAAGACUGGCAGCCAAAAAAUAUGCCAACACAUUAGAGACAGUGCCGCCUCUGAAUGAGCUGACUGAGAUCCCAGGAUCUGCAAAGGCAGAAGAGAAAGAGGAGGUGACAACAGUCUCUGGUAAAGUGGAUGCUGACAAAGGAGAGAAGAAGACCAAGGAGGGCAAGAAAGAGGGCAAGGGUGCCAAACAAGGGAAAGGAGAUGAAAAGGAUGCGCCAACAAAGAAGGGUGAAAAAGGAGCAUCCAAUAAAGAAGCUGGUGAAGGGAAAGGGAAGAAAUCUGGAGAGAAGGGUGACAAAGGGGAGAAAGGAGGCAAAGGAGAUAAAGGAGGCAAAGCGGGGGCUAAAGGGGGAGCCAAGAAAGCUCAAAAGUGA